CACAGAAGGCGAAUGCAAAUGGCGGUUGUUAUUGUUCGUGGAAUUUCUAUAAUUACGAAGAUUUUUUUACAAAAUAAACAAGAAAAACACAUUGCUACAGCAAUUGCAAUAAGCUGAAAAGCAUCUACACAUAUUCAAUUACAUCCGUGUGCGGUUACCAAGUGUCCAUUCGCUCGCGCUUCGUGUGAAAUUAUGCUACAAAUUUGCUACCAAACGCAAUCGUUGUAACAAGAAAAAAUUUCAGGCGCUUCUGAAAAGCAAUAUUAUUAGUUUCAAUGCAUGCCAUGAAAGACAGUGAAAGCACAAUAAAUUGAAUCAAUUCGCUGUGAAUGCUAUCAACUAUAUUGUAAACAACGAGCUGUGCGAUUUCUACACGAAAAAAGUUAUUAAAGUGACGCAGGAAAAUCGGAAUCGGCAGCAGCAGCACCAGCAGCAAAAGCAAAACCCAACACCAACGGAGCCCUGCCCGCGCCCCGCACGUUUUCAGUGUAUGUGUGUGUGUGCGAAAGUGUGCGUGUGUGUUGAGGCUACUAUUAAAAAGUAGCAGGCAGUGGAAAAAAAUGCCCAAAAACAAAGUUGCAAAGGUUAAAUAAAGUAACUAAAAGAAUGAUUAGCUGGAAAUGAGCGGAUCCAGUCCAGUGAAACCUAACAAAUAGUGGCCACCGCGAGCAAGUGUGUAACGUGAGAGGAGCGAGCGAGCGAGAGAGAGAGCGCGUGAGUUUUGUGGCAACCAAAAAGGCGACACAUGCAACGUCGUCCCAAUUAUCACCGCCGCUGCUGCACGCUGGUUAGGGUUAUCUCGCUGCCAGGAGUCGUCCAGUCCGCCAACAAUCUCUGGACCAGCAAAGACAAUUUAUUUUGGUACCGCUUAUCGGUACCGGAGCAUCUAAAGGAGGAUUACCAAUUAAAAAUGCAAAAAUGCAAUUGUUUAAAUGCAAAGAACGACGCUACAUGAAUUAUCUGCAUUUGCUGCAAAUAAUAAAUUUCAGUUCGGGCGGGGAUAUGUGUUUUGUGUUCUACUCUUGCCGUGCGCGUUCUUCGACUUCGACACCCAUUCGAUACGACGAUUGUUUGUGCUAAAUGCGAUAUUUGAGCAGCAUUCUACCAAUUAAAUCUACGACGCGUGCGAUUGUCGUGUGAUGAUAUGCCACUUAAACAGCAGCUCGAACCGUCAUCUGUGCGGAUAUCGGUGUCUCUCCCGUGGGAUGCAGCGCAACGGCUACGUCAACUGGCAGCCGAGGGCAAUCCCGCUCUGCGUGCCCUCGGCAUUCUGUCCGUGCAACCUGAAGGCGAUUCUGUGAUAACUUUGAAAGUUGGUGGACAAGAUAUUAAAAUAACAAAAGAUAAUGUUAAUGAUGUGGUAGGAGGAGGAGUAGGUGGUACAAUUGAGGCGGCUGGCACGUCUUCCAACAAAGUUUUGGCGACGCAGCUGUCGGCCCCAAAUUUCGAUGGCCCCAGCACCAGCAAGGCGGCGUCAGCCUUCUUGCAGCAGCAACAGCAGCGGAUUGUACAAUUACAGCAAAAUGUUUCAAACGAUGCAAUCUCAAAUCAACAGCAGCGGCGCCCGGGGCUGCCACAGCAGAAGAUGCAACUGCAGCAGCAGCAACAACAGCAGAUGCAACAUCAGCUGCCGCCAUCAACACCGCCCGUCUUCAAGUCCCCCAACACGGUGUGCCCCAUGGAGGGUAAAGUGCCACUGCUGCUGCCCUCGCCAUCGGGAACGCCGAAUGGGCCAAGGGACUAUCCCUUUGAGAGCAUGCGACAGGCUCGUGUUCUGCAGGGUAGGGAGACAUCUACCGUCAGUGGACUGGCACCACCGCCGCCUCCGCCAAAUGUGACGCUAAAAGUGUUGAAGAAUCCGGCACAGAACGGAGAACUUCAACCGACAACGCCGCCAGGAACGGUUAUGGGGCUUGGUCCGGGACCUGGGCCGGGGCAGGUCAACAAAUCUCAAUUCAUUCAACCACCGCCUCCGCCAUACCCCGGUCUGGGCGUAACAACAGCCACAGCUACAGCCAACAGCUCUCCCAUAGCCAUAGCGGGUGCGAAUGCGAGUGCCAAGCAGCCCGCAAACGCAGUCGCCAAUGCGAAUGCAUCUGCCUCCAGUCCACAUCCGCACCCGCAUCCGCCGCCACCAUCGGCCACGUCGACGGGAAGCAACAACAUUGCCAUAUCGUCGCCGCUGCUGGUGAAUCUGUUGCAGAACGACGGCAAUGCCAUGUCGAAUCCAAAUCAAAUGAAAUCCCCACUGCAAUCGCCAAUGAUCAAUAUGAGUCCCAGUGGUGCGCAGAUGAUGAACUCACCGAUGCGCUCCUCUGGCCCGGCGACGCCCAGCGAUUUCAUGAUGAACGAUGUCCUCAGUCCGGUGAUACCUUCAUCUCCCACAACACCACAACAGACGGCAAGUGUGCCCUGUCCGCCAGUGGUUAUGCGGAGCAUGCAACAACAGCAGCAGCAGCAGCAACAACAAGCGAUGCUCAGUCCCAGUGGCAACAAUGUCAAUCAUUUGUAUCCUCAGCAGCCGAUACCCCAGCAUCGCUUUGCGCAUCAAAUGUCGCCACUGGGUAUUGCACAAUUGCACGUACUGCGGCAGCAACAAUUUCCGCGUUCGCAGCAACAGCAACAACAACAACAGCAGCAGCAGCUACAGGGCAUGCAGCCGCGUUUUAUGCAAGCCUCGCCUCAGCAGCAGCAGCAGUUUCAGCCUGCGUCUGAUUGCUUCAACAAUAUGGGCAUGAGUCCCAUGCCGCAGCAACAGCAACAGCUGAGGCAACAGCAGCAGCAAAUACGACCUGGACCUGGUGGACUGCCACUGGCGCCUCCGCCGCCACAUCCGCAGCAGCAGCAACAGCAGGCGCAUCAGCGUCUCAUGAGUAUGCCCAUGCAACAGCAAGCCUCGCCCCAGGCACAGGCUCAACAGCAAUUCAUGAGUGGGGCCUCGCCCCUUGGCUCAGCGCACUCACCCGCCUCCAGUCACCAUUCGAUGCACAGUCCGCUAAUGGCCAACCAUCAGUCAGCACAAAUGGUGUCGCCAGUGGCUCCACCGGCAGCUGGCCCCGUUCCCGCUGCGGCAUCGAAUGAGCUGGCGGGGACGCAUAUGCAACAAAAUGCACAUCAUGUACCUGCAGCGCCACCGCCGGACUACAAUCAGGCGGCGGCCAAUUCACGCUGGCCGGCACUCAACAAGCCAAUGGAUUCGGUGACCAAGAGCAGUUUCCAGGAGUUUACGCGCUAUCAGAUGCAAUACAAUCUCCAGCAGCAACAGCAACAGGUUCAUCUGCCUGGACAACAGCAGCAGCAACAGCAGCCGCAGUCACAGCAGCAGCAACAACCACAGCAGCAGCAACAACAACAGUUGCCACCGCCACCAUUGCCAACGCAACAUCAGCAGCAGCAACAACAACUGCAGGCACAGGCACAGCAAGCGGCUGGUGGUUCGGGUGUCACGCAGGGCCCACAGGUGGUGGAUCCAUUGAUAUCGCUAUCUGUGCUGGAUGCCUUAACCACAAACGACUUGGACGCUUUACUGCCAACACUCAACUGUGAUCUUGACUCGACGCUUAGUCUCGAAGAUAAAAAUGAGCUCGAAUCGUUACUGCAAGAUGCAAAGGAUCUGGAUUUGGAUUUAAUUGAGGAGAAUCUGUCUGCGGUAAUGGAUGUGGGAGAUGCAUUAAGCACGCUGCAAGAGGAACAGCAACAGCCACAGCAGCAGCAACAGCAGCAAACUGUAAUGCAUAACCAACAGCAGCAGCAGCAGCAGCAGCAACAAAUAAUUGGCAUGCCCUAUCAGCAGCAGCAGCAGCUACAGCAACAGAUGAUGAUGCAGCAGCAGCAGCAACAACAGCAGCAGCAGCAGCAGAGACAGCAGCAACAGAUGCCACAGUUGCAGCAGCAGCAGCGGCAGCAUCAGCAGCAGGUACAGCGGCAAAUGCAACUGCAACAGCAGCAGCAGCAACAGCUUCUCAUGGCUCAACGCCAGCAGGAACAGCAACAACAGCAGCAGCAACAGUUGCAAGUGCAGCAGCAACACCAACAGCAGCAGCAGCAAAGGCCGCCACAGAAGCAAUUCAUCAUCAAUCCACACACUGGCGACAUGGAACCCAUGGCCAGCGACGACAGCGAUACAGAGGCUGAGCAGGAAACUGCACAGCUGCAAUUCCGCAGCAGCAUGUCCAGUGGCUUGAACAACUUCAGCUUCAAUCCCGCCAACGAUAUGCUACUGCCCAACAACAUCUUCUCGGAGGAGGACUCCAAUUCGGCACAGCAAAUGCCGCUGGCUGGCACUGGCAGCAGUGAUCAGGAGCGUUCACGUGACUCGCUGGCAUCCAACAAGUCUGCUGCCUCAAAUCGAGCCAGAAAGGGCGCGGGACCGGCUGCAGUCAAGGCGAAUCACAACAAUUUGGGUGGCGAGAGCUCGCCACGAUCCAGCAAUAGUUCUCCGCUGAUUGGUGGACUGAACUCGCCCCAAUCGGCGACUGCCAGUGGUGUUGCGGCAGCAGCGGCGGCUUCGAAUAAAAAAGCGAAACCGAAUCUAUUGCGAGGCAAGCUGCAGCAGGGUGUCAAGGAGCGCAAGGCCAAGGAUACCACAACGACGCCGAAACCGAAGCGAGAGCGGGCCAAAGGCAAUGCCAAGACAAAGGCUGCGGAGGAGAAGCUCAAGCUGCGAUUGAAGAUUGAUAAAGUGGAGCCGGGCAUGAGCUACGAUGGACAGAUAAUUGUCAAUCAUCAGCAGACAGUUGUGACCAACAAUCAUAUGCAACAAGCACUGCCAAUGCAGACACAAUUGCUGACAAUGCCAACACAGCAGCAACAGCAGCAGCAACAACAACAGCAGCAGCAGCAGCAACGUCCGCAGGCGCAACAACAAGCACAGCCUCAGCAGCUACAACAUCAGCAGCAGCAACAGCCACAGGUACACCUGCAGCAGCAGCAGCAGCAGCAACAUCCACAAGCCCAACAUCAUCCGGUGUAUGCGAACUUUCAACAACAGCAGCAGCAACAACAAUCUGUGCAAGGCAUCAAUGAGCCACGUGUGCCACCACUGCAGAUACGCUUGCGUGGCAAGAAUCAUGUUGUAGUCAAGAAUACGCGCAAGGAUCGCAAGAAGCUGCAAACGCCACUGGUGCAGGGACACGUACAGGGACAGGGGCAGGAGCUGAACAACAUCAACGAUGAGCGUCAACUGAAGCGCAGCUACAGCGAGCAGCUGCCCCAACAGCAGCAACAGCAACUUCUGCUGGAUGGUUUGGUGGAUAACAAGACGGCAAAGCUGACGCCACCGCCACAUGUGAAUGGGCUGCCCAUACUCAUACAGAAAACCACACAGUCGGCAGCGGGCAUGCAGCAGCAGCAACAUUUGCAAACGGGUGCCACCAAGACCACUACAAUUGUGGCGGGAAAGAAUGGUUUGACCAUCAGUGCCAUUGUUGAGGCGGCGCACAAGGCUCAGGCGCAAGCGCAAGCCCAAGCUCAAGGGCAAGUGCAUGGCGGUGGGGAUACUCAGCUGAUUGUCGGCUCCACCAAUACGGGAACAACGCCGACAACAUCCACAACUUUGCAGCAACAGCAGCUUAGCAAAAUAGCCACAUCUUUGCCCAGCAGCAUCACUUUGAGUGCCAUCAAUAGCAGCAACAACAAUAACAACAAUAAUAAUAUUGCCAGCAGUGGCGUCAUCAAUAUUAACAACAACAACAACAAUAACAACAACCGACUGCUGACGAUGAAGAAUCAGAUCAAGACUGCGGCUACCAUAACGCCCAUUGUGGGUGGAAAGCCGAUGACAAAAAACCAUAAGCCGCCGCCAUACAUCACAGCCGUGCAACAGUUGCAGCUGCAGAAGCAACAGCAGCAGCAACAGCAACAACAACAGCAGCAGCAGCAACAACAGCAGCAGCAGCGACAACUGGCGGCGGCGGUAACCAUGUUGCCAAGUGCAACGACACUGAAGCGUGUCGAGAUCACCAAGGUCACAGCUGGUCCACAGGUGACACAAACAACAGCAGCAGCACCACCAACAGCAACAGCAGGAGAGGCUCCGAGCAUACCAACAGCAACCGCCACAAGCAAUCUGACAACCAUGACGGCGACAACAACUACACAAACAACAAACCAGCUGAUCUGUGAUAGAAAGUUGCCAGUGGCAACGUCGGCAACUGCGGCUACGGCUACGUCAAUGCCUCUGACUACGGUCAACAAUGUGGUGGUGGCGGCUGUCAGUCAGCAGCAACAGCAGCAAUCUGCUCCAGCAUCAGUGAACAGCAGCUCCCUCUCCACAUCAACCUCAUCCUCAUCCUGCUCAUCGGUAUCCUCGGCAACGAUUAUUACCAGCUCCUCCACCUCUACCUCAUCGCCGGCUGCACUGCCCAGCACGCUGCGCAGUUCGCCGGCAAGCAAUGGCAGUGGCACGCCCGGACAUGGCAAUAAUGGCGGUGGCGAGGAUAGCGGCAUUGAGUCGAUGGAUGCACUGUCCGAGAAGAGUCCACAUCAGCUCUCCUCCAGCAGUCCCAUACAAGUGAGCAAGACAGGCGUGACACAACAACAGCAGCAGCAGCUGACGAGUAGCAGCAGCAGCAGCGGAUCCAUGACGAGCACAGCCACUGUCGUAACCACUGCCUCGUCGAUGGUCGCCAAAACAGUCACACCCGUGGCUCCGUGCUCGGGCAGCGUCUCCCUCACGCAGCAACAAAUGCAGCAGGCAGACGAUGAGAUUGAAAAGGCGCUGGCCAAAAUGGAAGGCGACUUUCCCGACGAUCUCGAGAAUAUUGUCUCCAAUGUGCUGAAGGAGGCGAGCGAGUGUGCCAGUGCGGGCGGUGGCUAUCAUCUGAGCAGCUUGGAGACAUCAACAGCAGCAACAGUAGCAACAUCUGUAGCAAGCAACGUCAAGUUGAAUGGAGAGCACAGUAUACUCGAACACGAUGAUCUCAUCAAGAAACUCACAGACAACAGCAAGACGACACCAGCGGCUGCAGCGGAAUCGAAGGCAAAGGUGAAGCUGGAGGAGCUGCCGCCACUGUUGUCCAUUAAAAAGGAGACGCCCGGAGUCGGUUUAACCCCCAAGUCGGGUCUAAUCAAAGUCGAACAAGUGCCCAAGCUGGCGGCAGAGCUGAAAUUGGAACUGAAAGUGGAACCCAAGCUGGAGGAGAAGCUAUCGGAGAAGCCAAACGCUCAGCCAGAGGUCAAUGCUGCGGCUGGUGCGGCUUCUUUGCAGCCCAUUUCGAUAGAGAUACCCGCACAGACGGACGGUGAGACGCCGCGGAUAAGGACACGGGCCGCUAGUCGCCUGGAGAGUCCAUUGGAUGCUGCUCAAAAGACCAGUCCCGAGGCAGCAACAGCUGCAACAACACCUGCACCGGCAAAGACCGUUUCGCGAUCAUCCUCCAAUGCCAGUCCGCGUGUUCUCACGCCUACGCCCGUGCACAACAAUAACAACAACAACAAUAGCAAGCGACGAAGGCCAGAGUCCGAGUGUGGCAGCAGCAAUGAUGCCGCCGAUGUCACCGAGAACACCAGCAAGCGUGCGCGUGUGAGCCUCGGCGGAAGCGUGGGUGUACCCGCCACAAAUGCGGCAGAGUUGGCGGUGGAUCAGAGCACCGGAGGCACAGCAGCACCAACGCAGCCUAAGAAGAUCGAAAUCGAAUCAUCGGACUCGGAUGAGCCGCUGAUUGAGGUGGCCGGCAAGGUGCGCAACUCCAAGGCGCAAGUGGAGGCAGAUGCAGUGGCAGCAGCAGCAGCGGCGGCGGCAGCAGCCGUCGAGAAGCACGUGACGCGCCGCAAUGCACAGCAGCAGCAGCAGCAACAACAGCAGCAGCAGCCACACAAACCCGCCAGCAACAGCUCAUUUAGUAGCACGCCACCGCCUGGCACGCCCAGGAGUGGCAAGGCUCAAGCGGCAGGUGCGGCAGCCAGCAGCAAUCAUAAUGCCAGCAGCGGCAGCAGCAAUUCCAACAGUCCCAGUGUACCUGUAACAGUGGCAGGAGCGGCAGCAGCAUCGCCUGGUGGCGCAGCAGUACUAGCCACCGGCAGCACUAGCACCAGCAGCAGCGGAAGCGGCAGCCAAACCAACACCAACUCAAUUGUGGUGCAUGCAACUCGUGGUGCCACUGCUGCAGCAGCUGGCGGAACGACUAACAACAAUGCCAGCACUGCCAGUUCGCCCACAGACGAAAAGAUUGGCACGCGGCGAAGUGUGAGGGCCAGUGCGGCCGCCAACAAAAUCAUUUAUAGCCGCAGCAAUGCUGCCGCUGCUGCUGCUGCAGCCGCUGCCGCAGCCGAACCGAAAGGGACACCGUUGAAGUCGGGAGUGGGAAAUGCCAAUAAUGCUAGUGCCGCCAAUGUGGAGAGCGUGGCGGAGGCCAGACGCAAGACACGCAGUGCAGUCAUUGGCGAGUCGAUGCUGACCGAGGGACGCCGGAGAAGAACAUCGCGUGACUACAAGUGACCAGAGUUUUGCGCCUUGGCUAAAGGCUUGAACCAUCCGAACGAUGCACAAGAUGAUGAUCUGAUGGAGCUGUUCGAGCUGGGUGCCGCCGAUGAGCAGCUUGACAUCAGCAGCUUCCCUUUAGCCCAGGCGCAA